ACAAGGACUCAAUUGAGGACUGCAUCUCAACUGGUCGCAGUACGAGGCGGUAAAUAACUCGUUCUCUAUCCAAUUGAGUCCUAGGGAUCAAUUGACUCCUUACAUAUCUCUAAGUUCGUGAGGAUAUCAUUCCAUCCUAAAGCCCUAGUAAGCUGGGCCAGCUGAAAGCUACUACAUGCCGAAAAUCACGAAGGCAGCCAUCAACAAGAACAAAUAAAGCAUUCAGUAAACAAGUAUUAUACAGUCCAUAUCAAUUUUCUCCUUUCUCAAAUUCCUUUGGCAAUGGCGGAUACGUCUCCUCCCCAAGCCGUUCGGCCCCUCGGCCACAUGGAACUCUUCUCCUCCAGCCGUCACGCGCUAGGUAUAUACCGCUGUGUUGUUCUCUCGGCUCGCUACCUCAACCCCCCAGCAACCAACGCCGAUGGCGCCAUCUUCGCCGCAUUGGGCCGUCUAGUCGUCAAGCAGCCAAUGCUCCGCGUGGGUAUCCUCGGGCACGACACAAACACGGCUCAGUUCUCGCACAUCCCCGAGAUCGACCUGUGGAAACACGUCGGAAUUCGAACCCUCCCGGGCGGCGACGGGUAUGACGCCGCGCUGACGGCCGUCCACGCUUGGUGUCAUGAUCAGUUGUUUCAAGACGUUGAGACCCUGCCGCCGUGGAGGGUCAUUAUCGUGAGGCCCGAGACGAUCGGUCCUGGAGAAGAGCCCUUCGAGGACAUCAUUUUUGCGUAUCAUCAUUCCCUCAUGGAUGGCACCGGCGGCAAGAACUUCCACGAACAACUCGUCGAGGCUCUCAACGAGACCUCCAACGGCUCAGACCCGAGUUACAUCCUCAAAUUCCCUGACCCUCCCGUUCUCCCAGAAGCCCAAGAAGACGUUAUCCCUUACACCAGCGGGAAGCUCUUCAUGGGCCGUGUCAUCUGGGACGAGUUCGCGCCGUCGUUCCUCAAACCCGCCAGGCCGCCCAUCUGGAGCGGCAAGCCCAUCGAUUUCGACCGGCCUCACCAAACCCGCAUCAUCGCCGUUGACAUUCCCGCCCCGGUCGUCUCUAGCAUGCUCGCUGAGUCCCGCAGCCACUCCGCCUCCAUCACCUCGCUCAUCCACGCCCUGUGCCUGGCGUCCAUGGCACACCGUGUCCCAGCCGAGGACGCCCCAGCCUUCAUUGCGAGCACGCCCAUCAACGCGCGCCCAUACAUGGCCGCGACGGCCAACCCAGCGCCGAAAGAUUCAUUCCGCGUCGGUAUCUCAGUCUUGACGCACGAGUGCCCUGCCGCUGCGGUGGAUGCCCUCCGCAAGCCGGACGCCGACCUCGACGCACUCAUCUGGCACCACGCGAAGCUCAUCAAAGACCAGAUCCGCACGCGCGCCGCCACCCUGCCUGCCGACGACCCCAUCAGCUUGAUGAAGUUCAUCACCGACUGGCCGUCAUACUGGCAAAAAAAGAACGGCCAGCCGCGCGAUGGGUCGUGGGAGGUAAGCAGCCUGGGUGCAAUGCGAGUCGAAACUUCAGGAAGCAGCCCGAGCCAACGCCGGGUCUCGAGAAUCUUCUUUACCAAUGGCGUCAUGGUCGCAAGCCUUCCGCUAAGCGUCAGCGUGGCAAGCCCUCCAGGUGGCUCUUUGACAGCUGGCGUCUCGUGGAACGCGGGUGUGGUGGAUGAUAAGGUGGCUGAGGGACUGGCUGAGGAUCUCCUUGCUUAUACAACCCGGUUACAUGAGACAGGCAAGUUCACAGCCUAGGAUAUCCUUACCAUUGAGUCGGGAUUUUCCGGUCUUUGGGGAUAAAGGUCAUCUGAUCGGAUGCUUGCAGCCACUAGGGCUAGGAUUGGUGGGUUCCUUCAACAGGAAAUGCCAUACCGGGUAGGGACCAGUAAGUAGCCUGACCUAUUGGGACCAUAAAUUGGGAAGAUCCCAGACAGAAUCUGUUAGCAGCUAUCAUCCCCUUCUGGCAUCUCAUUUAAUUAACAGUCUUUUGACCUAUUCUUUUGAGACCUCUCAGAGAUCUAUUUGAUCAAAUGGUAUCAGCUGAGAAAGUCACCUAUUUUACCCAGUCAAACCAUUUAUCCGGACUCUGAACCUGACUCUAU